AUUCGACAUGGGAGAUAGGCGGGCGAAACUGAAAGACAUCGCCCAAGGCACGCUAAGCGCGAUUGAGAAAGGAUCAUAUAACCUCCACGACACGACGUACGACCUGCGCAUCUCAACAGAACUCUCGAAACGCAACACCUCAUAUUAUGCCCCCGACUCCGUCCUCUUGUCUUGGGCAUCCGGCGCCCCCCACGUACCUGCGGACAACCCCAACGUCGUCCUCCUCGCCGCUUCUACACUCGAAGGGGCACGCUUCCUCCAUGCCCUCCUGCGCACCGCAGAGACCCCAGACCGGACAAACGCCCCCAAAGUCGGCGUGCUGAACUUUGCCUCGGCGAAGAAGCCCGGAGGCGGCUUCCUCACUGGCGCGCAGGCACAAGAGGAGUCGAUCGCACGCUCAUCCACGCUCUACCCCACACUCAUGACCCGUACCGCGCAGGCGUUCUACACGCUGCACAACCGCGACGCUAAGGGAGGAUACUACACGCACGCCAUGGUCUACUCUCCGGGCGUCACCGUCGUUCGCGACGACGACGGGGAGUGGGUCAAGCCGUAUCAGAUCGAUGUCCUGACAAGCCCAGCUGUGAACGCGGGGGUUGUGCGGAAGACCCUCUUCGGGCGCGUCGCGGGUCCAGGUGUGGAGGACAAGAUCGAGCAAGUGAUGAAGGAUCGGAUGGCCCGAAUCCUAUAUCUCUUCGAGCAGCAGCGGAUACAGCAUGUCGUCCUGGGCAGCUUUGGCACGGGCGUGUUCCAGAACAAGGUGGAGACGGUGGCCAGGAUAUGGGCGGACCUGCUGCUGAAGGACGGUGCACGGUUCAAAAACUCGUUCGAGAAUGUCGUCUUUGCGAUCAUAGGCGGGAGGGGCACGCAUGGGGUGUUUCAGGAUGCAUUUCAAGGGUAUGGAGUCAAGGAGUCAUGAAUGGAAUGCGCGCUGCCCAGUCUGUUGUAUAGAUAGAGGUUCGGAUACGAUACGCGCCUUUGCGUACUU